UUGAUGGUGAAGCUGCGGCUUUUGCGGAAAACACCCAAGACCGAAGCGGGGUUAGUCUACCCUCCGUGGCGUAUUUCCACGGGCCGCUCUUCUAAUGUCGUCCAAACCGUGGCUUGAUAUACGGUGCUGUGUUUCCGUCUGCAGGGACCAACGUUCGCUUGGAGAGAGACGGAGUCUGGCUCCACACACGGCUGUGUGACGGGGGACUAUGGGAGGCCAAGAUGCACAAAGCUGCCCAAUCCGGAGGACUGAUAGAGACAGAGGGAAUCAGCUUAUUUGAUCCAACGUUAAUUAAUUCAACAACUCUGACAUGGAACACAACUGUGGAGUACAAAGGUGGAGAGGAGCUGGUGAUACGGUCCCAUUUGUAAAGCUGAAGGAGGAAACGAGGUGCACAUCCUUCCGAUCACGUUGCUGAAAAAGAGUAGGCGUGCUCGAUCUGUGCAUAUGACACAGGACUUACGAAGCCAGAUGAGCGAACUGGAUGGAGUGACCAUGGACGCAGCUAUGUAAGAAGACAUCUCUACAGAGUGCAGGUCCUGACAAUCAACACUAUUGUGAUUCAUGCCACAUAUGUGGGCUCUCAGGGGGAAAAGGUGGUUACUCAGAAGAAGAGAAAUGAGCAGAUGAUGUAUACCUAAGAGUUCUCUCAGCGUUUGGUCUACUUUAGGACGACAAACUGCUUUCUAUUUUUUAUUUCAAAGGAGAAAGCAGGAAGCAGAAGCCCUGAGUGGUCACCAUGCCUCGAAACCGAGCCUUUUCCGAGCCAGAGUACUCGGCCGAGUACUCGGCGGACUGCUCGGUCACUCUGCCCUCUGACCCCGGGCAGGCGGUGGGGCGAACACACGAGGUCACGGUUCGGAGCUCAGGAUGCUGCCUCUGCCUGCCUCGGUUCAUGCGCCUCACCUUCGCACCAGAGUCUCUGGAAAACCUCUACCAGACUUAUUUCAGACGGCAGAGGCACGAAACCCUGCUGGUGCUGGUCGUUUUCGCUGCCCUCUUCGACAGUUACAUCAUCGUCAUGUGUGCGGUGGUCUACACCACUGACAAGCUGGCUUCAGUUUUAGUGGCAUCGCUGGGACUGGCGGCCGACAUUGUCCUCUACAUGCUGUGCCGCUUCGGGCUACUGCCGGACCGCAUCUCGAGACGGGUGGUGCCUUACGCUCUGUGGGUGCUCAUAGCAGCUCAGAUAUUCUGCUACCUGGGUCUGAACUAUGCUCGCUUCCACCAGGCCAGCGACACUGUGGGCUGGCAGGCUUUCUUCAGCUUUUCUUUUUUCCUGACUCUGCCUUUGAGGCUGACACCCAUCGUGCUCAUCACUACUGUAUCCUGUGGGGUCCACACCCUGGUUCUGGGCGUCACUAUCGCCCAGCAGCAGCAGGAGGACAUCCAGGGAACAGCACUUAGCAGACAGCAGACAGACAAGAAAGUUGGUGAGAAAAGGAGGGAAAUGACAUCCAUCAAAGGUCCCCAACUGGACUUUAACUGGGUACAUUGCAUGUACAUGGUAUGUAUGUGCCUUAGACCACUAGGUGAAAGAGAUUUUCUGAACAGGUUGAGGCUGAUAUGACAGAGUGAAUGACACAGGUUGGCAGCAGGCAAUGAUGGGGUCUAGAUAGAUAGAUUAGAUGUAUACUUUAUUCAUCCCCAAGGGGAAAUUUGUCUGUGGCAGCAAAUUCAGUAGGUCAGAUAAAACCUGUGUGAAAAUGAGAUCCUCUUGCUUAGAAGUCACUGCUUGCAACACAGCAAGAGGCAGAGCAGACAUGUGGAAGUCUUUUUUUGCCUUAUGCACAAAUCAUGUGUACAAUUACAAAUGAACAACCAACCAUUCUGAUGCAUGUAUGAAACAUGCACAUUUAGUGCACAAUACUGUAUUGUAUGAGUUGUUUGCUCUUUAAAUAAUACAACACCAAACCAGCCUCCACUUCCAAAGCACGUUGUUUUAAGGUGCGCGUAUGUACUAGGCAUUACGGUAAGUGUGUGUAAAAACUGACUUCUAAAUAAGAGCAACGUUCUGGUGAACGUGAUAGGACAUGUGACAUUUAUUCCAUAAGUCAGUCAAUACAUGUCAAUAAUGGAUACAUUGAUAAAUGCAUAAAUAAAUGAUGUAUGAAACUAAAUGAAUAAAUUAAAAAUGAUAAAUUUAAUGAAUGGUAAUUUAUAAAACAAUAAUAAUUACUGCAUGCAAACUGUAUUUCAAGGAAAAAGGUAAUUCCCAUUCUGUGAAUACUUGUUAAAAUAUAUUAAUAAAGAAUAUAUUUCCAAAGACCGAUAGGACUUCAAAAUGACAGUACACAACAUCAAAUGCAGACAUUUCAAGGUUCUACUAGAAAACUUCGCAAGAAAUUGACAGUGUGGCUUCUAUUGCCCGAAGACGUCGCAAUAUAGUGUGUGUGUGUGUGUGUGUGUGU